CGUGGCAUCUCCGCCAAACUUGGUUUUUGAUUCCCUGGCAGAUUCGCUUUGUUCAUUCAUGACGUUAUAUGCCCAGCUUCUCUGAGAAUUGCGCAAACAAGUUUGGCAGGGAACAUUUUGAUGAACCAUGACCGCGUCUUUGGAGAAUUGCUCUGAGAGCAACAGUUCGCUGGCCAGACUCGCUCCCCUUGAAGCAGUGUUGUUUGAUAUUGAUGGAACUAUUUGUGAUUCUGAUCCACUCCACUAUUAUGCUUUCCGAGAAAUGCUUCAAGAGAUUGGUUUCAACGGAGGGAAUCCAAUAACAGAGGAAUUCUUUAUUGAAACUGUUGCUGGAAAACACAACGAUGAUAUUGCAAUGGCUCUCUUUCCUGGUGAUUUGGAACGGGGGUUAAAGUUUGUCGACGAUAAGGAAGCCAUGUUCCGGAAAUUGGCAGCUGAGCAACUGAAGCCUUUGAAUGGGCUCUACAAAGUGAGGAAAUGGAUAGAAGAACGUGGCUUGAAGCGGGCGGCAGUUACCAACGCUCCAAGAGCAAAUGCAGAACUCAUGAUAUCUAUCCUUGGCCUCACAGACUUUUUUCAAGCCGUCAUUGUUGGAAGCGAAUGUGAGCAUGCUAAACCUCAUCCGGAUCCCUACUUGAAGGGUCUUGAAGCAUUGAAGGCAUCCAAGGAUCACACUGUUGUAUUCGAGGAUUCCGUUUCAGGAAUCAAAGCUGGAGUGGCAGCUGGGAUGCCUGUUGUAGGUUUGGCUACCAGAAACCCAGAGCAUUUACUGUGGGAAGCAAAGCCUGCUUUCGUGAUAAAGGAUUAUGACGAUCCAAAACUAUGGGCAGCUUUGGAAGAACUUGACAAAGCUAGUGCUCAUAGGCAAUGAACUAUGUAGCUUUGAUGAAUAGACGGCAGAAGUUUCUAGGCAAAAAUAAGUAGCAAAAUUCCUAGAUUACUCGAAUGGUCAACAGGAUUUUUUUCUUUAUUUAUGGGCGGAGGAGCCAUUCACAUCUCAGCGAUAACUAUUCUAGUCAACCUUGCUCGUUAUGAUUGAUUGUGAAUUGACACAAUUUCAUGCUAUGAUGCCUGAUUAAUAUGGAUUGGCUGGGAUCAAUCCCAAAAGAUAA